AUGGCUACAAAUCUGCUUCGGAACGUGAUAGUUAUCGGCGGUUCGUUCGUCGGACGAGCAACAGCCCAAGAGCUCGCAAAAGUGAUCCCUUCGACACACCGAGUUCUUUUAAUAGAAGGCCACAGCCAUUUCCACCAUCUAUUCACAUUCCCUCGCUUUGCAAUUGUUCCGGGCCAAGAGCAUAAGGCCUUUGUACCCUACAGUGGUAUCUUCUCCAGCCUCCCAAAUUCGGCUUCCCAUGGCGUGAUUCAGGCUCGAGUCCUGUCGGUUCAAUCGCAGUAUGUAGAGCUCGACCGGGAGUGGCAGGGGUCUCGACAAAUCCCAUUUGAUUUUGCUGUGAUCGCAACCGGAACACGGCUAUCCAAACCUGCCGCAAUGGAGUACGACGAUAAGCCAUCGUCUAUUGAUUAUUUGCAGAAGCACCAAGCAGACAUCAAGAGAUUCCAAUCAAUUUUAAUAGUUGGAGGAGGUGCUGUUGGUGUGCAGAUGGCGACCGAUUUGAAAGAGUACUAUCCGCACAAGGAGGUCAAGGUAGUGCAGUCACGGCCUCGGGUGAUGCCAAACUUUCACCCUGAACUGCAUGAACUCAUCCAGCGAAGAUUCAAUGAGCUCGGUAUCAAGCUUAUUACUGGAUCCAGAGUGACCGUUCCAGAGGAAGGAUUCCCUACAGAUGGCACUCCUUUUAAAGUACAGCUUACGAACGGCACCACUGAGUCCACCGAGUUCGUCAUUCUAGCGACGGGACAAACACCAAACAACCAAUUGGUCUCCGAUCUUGAACCUUCGGAAAUUUCAGGUCCAUCCGUUAUUAAUCCCGAUAACGGAUUUAUUCGCAUUCGGCCCACUAUGCAGUUUAUGGAUGAGAAGUACUCCAAUAUGUUCGCAGUGGGCGAUAUCGCCGACACAGGUGCACAGAAAGCUGCGCGACCGGGCUCGGCCCAAGCAGUCGUGGUCGCCAAGAAUAUCCAAGCCUUGAUCGAAGGGCGUAAGCCGACAGAAAUUUAUGUGAAAGGACCAGGUGCCAUUCACUUAACCUUGGGCAUGAAACACAACGUGAUAUUCCGUAACCCGAAUACAGCCGAGGGUCAAACGACACCAUGGAUCAAUGAAAAGCAAGACGGUCAAGAGGAUAUGAAUGUGGAAGCCAUGUGGCAAAGGCUCGGGAUCUCAGUGGAUAACCCCCGUCAAUAUCACCUCUAA